UAUUAAUGUAAAAAAUAUCUGGAUAAAGAUUCCUAGUAUAAAUUAUAUAAAAUUUUAACAACUACCUUUGCACGUAAAACGCUAAACAACUGAUAAUGUCGCGUUGGGGUAAAACAAUAGUCGUUCCUUUAGAUUCGCUUUGUAAAGAGAAAGAAAGCACGAAUCGCCCUACCGUAGCACGUUCCGUGGGUACUGUUGGAAAAUGGGGUAAAAUGGGUUUUACAUCAACAAGAACUUAUGCAUUGUCUGCGCUUCCAGCUGCUAUGGCAGCAGCUGCAGCAGCAGUGGCAGCAUCAACUCCCUCUCAAAGUCCGGCAUCAGCACUUGAUGACGAUCUAUCUCCGUCGAUUCCAGAACCUCCUAAACCAAAAAAGUUCUUUAAAUCACGAAAUACUACUCCACCAGAAGUCAUAGCACAAAUGCUACAACAAUUGCCGCGUGUAGCAACAUCACCGACACGUGAUUCUUCACAUAAUCCCAGUUAUCUUAGCACGCCAGUACUAGGCUCAGAGCCUAUGAAAAUGAAAAUUUGUAAAAGUAAUUCUGCUGAGCGGAAGAAGAAAUCAACUAAAAAACUAGCUAAAGCGAAAAAAUCGACGGAGGAUAUAGAUGAUGAUGAUAUAGAGUCUUUAACUCCUAAACAACCCUCAGAGUCUAAAUCGAAAAAGAAAAAAGAAGUGAAAAAAAUCAAACCGGAGGCUCCGCCUUCGAGAAUAAUACCGCGUGCAAGAAAGGCAAUUAAUUACUGUGAGGAUUAUGAUGAUGAACGAACGUCUACACCAAUCAAAGAUAUAAUAAUACCGAAGGUUAAGGAAAAGGUAACUGAUGUACUGAAUUCGCUACCUGUAGAUGAACCGGCCUUACCACCUCCCGCUACGCCAUCCAUAACUUCCAAUCAGAUUUUAUCUACUGUAACAAAUCCUACUGCACCCGUAAAUAUGGCUCCCAAAACACCAGAACAUCCACCAAUUGUGCUGCGAAUAUCAAAGGGUAUUUCACGUUUGGUUAGUACAGACAGUGAGGAGCAACCAACAAAUGCCAGUAAUUCACCGCAUCAGCACGAUAUUGAAGGAACAAAAUCACGCCACGCUUCUACUGAAGAAGUGCCUGUCCCACCACUUAAUGUAGCAACUGUAUUACCAACUACUCCUAAAAUCAUUGUUAAGCCGCCUAAGCCUCCGUCUCCUGAACCGCCGCCACUGCUUAACGAGAACGACGAAAUUAAUUAUUGUACUGUUAAAAUAUCACCGGAUAAACCACCCAAAGAACGUCUAAAGAUAAUAAUAAAAACCAACGUAAUUCGAAAAGCAAACGCAGCAGCAGCAGCUGAAAAAGCCAACUCAGCAGAUACAGCUACAGAAGGUGACCGACACGAAAAAGAGAAGAAACAAAGAAGUAAAAAGCAUAAACACCCGAAACACACUUCUGUAGAACAUUUAAUACCUGCAGCUUCUACUUCCAUCAGUGAAUUUAAAACACCAUCUCCACACUUGGCAUUAGGCUUAGCUACGGAACAACAACAGCCACCUUCACGCACUAUCAUUUCUCCGCCAGCACUCUCUGAACGUGACUUUGAUUCACAAUCAUCAGUACUCGGUAGCAUUUCUUCCAAAGGAAACAGUACCCCACAGCUGCAAGUGCAAACGCCACAAGAGGAAAGUUGCGUUGUACGGAGCAGAGGUUCCAGUGUAAUAACUAGUGACCUUGAAACGAGUCAGCACUCAUCUCUUGUUGCAGCGCCUUCUGAUAUAGAGUCUCGUCUCGAAUCUAUGAUGAUGGAUGGUGAAAAUAGUCAACGUUCUAUAAACCUUUUGGAAGCAGAACCUUUGCAAGAGGACAUACUUGCGAUUUUACGUGGUGAUGAUACUCAAGCGAACGAUAUCGUUAACGUAAAAGUUAAUGGUACUAAUAAUGAAGGUGAAGGAGAGAUUGCUGCAGACGAGGAUGUUGAAAUGCAGGAUACAAAGCGGCGUACUCGCGGGCGUGGGCGAGAACCCAUCGCAGUGAAAGCAAAUUGCGUUGAUGAAGAAGAAGAAAUGCCAGCUGCUCUAAAAGCGCAGCCAGCAACUCGUACACGUGGUCGAAAACCACAAGUAAAUGUGCCCUUAGUUGCACAAGAGGCUCCAACACUAAAGCGAACAACAAGACGUGGCGCAAAGAAACCAGAAGAAGUGACUGCCACUGUAGUUGCAAUGGAAAUUGAAGAACUUUCUCCGAAUAAAUAUGCAGCUGAAGAUAUGUCACCAAAUAAGUCCGAAGAAGAGAAUCUGCCUACACAACCAACAGCCAGGAGGGGUCGUACGACGCGAAGCGCCAAAAAUAACAAUAAUCUGAGUACUAAUAAUAAUAUAAACAAAAUAGCCGAUAAUCUCUCAGCUAAAGCAGAUGCCUCCAAUGAAUUGAAAGCCUCAACAAUUAACACAUCACAACCCACUUUGACAACGCAAUCAACACAACGGAGCUAUGGCCGUAAACGCAAAAAUCAACAAGUGACGAAAGUUUUGCAACCUACAGAAGAGGACGAUGAUGCACAACAAAUGAUGCCAGCCAAAAUACCCAAUAUUGAAGUAACAGAUGUGCCAGGUGGAACUACAACAACGUCAGUCUCGCCAUCACCUGAACUUUCCGCCCAAAAACGACAUACAUCCACGGUAGAUCUACAUGAUGCCAAUUCUAAUUCAAACUCUCUUACUCGUCCAUCCAGCACAACACCUAUAUCUCCUCCAAGACGAGAUUAUAAAAUUAAAGAUAAAUUUAAGCGCACCUUAACUUUAGACAAUCAAGUAAAUUGCAAUGCAGUAGUAGCUUCAAAUGCCAACUCACUGUGUGCUGAAAACGCAGGAGUUGGUGAGGAAGAGCAACAGCGCGGUAGUGUAAAACUGGUCAUAUCUAAAAAGAAAGGCAGUAUCUUCAAAAGCAGAGCACUUGUUCCACCAGAACAGUCUGAGCAAUCAUCUGUUGCUAAACGACAUCUAUACAAGCACAGUUGGGACGCCCAAGCGAAUGGUGGCACUCGCAGUGAUGGCACUGCAUCACCUGCCAAAUCAAAUAAUACGCAAGGCACUGUGCCGGAUGAUUUUAGUGAAGACUUUAAUCCUAUCGAAAAAUUAACACGCGUAGUUAAACCAAAUCCUCAAGCGAAUCCUUUUGAUAUAGACAUUGAUGCUGAGAAACCUGCUGAUACGAUUACUAGCAUUAAAGUUGAUCGAAAAGCGAAAGAAUAUUACACUGUUGUGCGGAAUGUGAAAGCUGCGCAUCAAAUACAAGAAAUUGGUGAAUAUCAAGAGAUGGACGAUGAUGUAGAGUACAUUCUGGAUGCAUUACAACCGCAUAAUCCUACUCCAACGCGUUGUUUAUCAGCCUUACAAUUGGCCACAAAAUGCAUGACUCCCGCUUUUCGUAUGCACGUAAGAGCACACGGUGUAGUGACCAAAUUUUUCAAGGCGCUUUCCGAUGCGAACAAAAAUUUGAGUCUUGGACUUUGCACCUCAGCUAUUAUGUAUAUACUUUCUCAGGAAGGUUUAAAUAUGGAUUUGGAUAGGGAUGCUCUUGAACUAAUGAUGAACCUACUUGAGUCGGAAAGUGUUGCUGCACCUUCGGAUAGAGCAAAUUAUGAACGCAAUAAACAGAAAGUGCGAGAACUUUGCGAAGAAAUCAAAUUGCAAGGAAAAGGAACACAUCUAAAUGUUGACUCGAUUUCAGUGGGUACAUUAGCAAUGGAAACUUUGCUUUCAUUGACAUCAAAGCGUGCAGGCGAGUGGUUCAAGGAAGAAUUGAGAGAACUUGGUGGUUUAGAACAAAUUAUUAAAACAAUAUGCGAUUCCUGUCGACCCAUUAUCACGUGUAGUGAAGAAUCAUUAGCCAUUAAUUGGACGCAUUCACUUUUAGAAAAUAUACAAACUGUGGAGCGUUGUAUGCGGGUGCUAGAAAAUGUAACGCAAAUGAAUGAAGAAAAUCAGAAAUAUAUUUUAAAUUAUGCAAAAGGAGGAACUGUGAAAACGCUCUGCACGUUGUAUAGAUUAUGUGAUCGGGAACUAGUUUUGCAUCCUACAAGUGAACAUACGGCCAAAGAUGAUCCUGGUGUGCUACUGCGUCAAGUGCUGAUACCACUGAUGAAAGUACUCAUUAAUUUAACACAUACGUUCAAUCCAGCAAAUGCAGUGGGGCCCGAGGUGGUUGGACAACAAAAAGAUCUUAUAGAAAUAAGUUUCCAUUUAUUGCUGCAAGCACCGAAUUACAUUCCUGAUAAAUGCGUCUUCGAACUAAGCAUAUUGGUGCUUUUGCUACUUAUAAAUCUUUCUAUGCACAAUAUACCAAAUCGAACUGCAAUUAUCAAAGCAUAUGCUCCAUCAGAAUUUGGUUUACAUUAUGAUGAUCAACAAACUAAGAUGACAGCUGUUCAAGCUUUGAUGGAAUAUUUCUACAAAUGUGAAGAGUUAGCUAGACUGGUUGAAAAGAAUACAGAUGCAAUUUUGGAUAAUACUGAGAAAAACAAAAAAAAACAAGAGGAAGUAGACGAGACUGUAAACAACUUACUACAAAAGGCGGGACAUCACAUGGAGCAUACCCUUAAAGGUAGUUACACUGGCAUACUCAUUGGACACUUAAUUACAGAUAAUGAAGAGUAUGAAGCUGUAAUACGCACACAUUUGCAUGGUAAUGGAUUCAAAGAGCUUGUCAGUGUUUUGGAAAAAUACUACACAUUCAUGAAUUUAACAGCGAGCUCGGAAGCUUCUGUUGUCGCACAUAUUAAGUCUACAAAGAAAAUAAUUGAUUACUUUAAGAAACGUGAUUUAGUAAAUGAAAUGAAUGAACCAAAUGAUAGUGCGCUUCCAUUGAAUUUAGACACAAGUCAGUCUAAUGUUACAGAUACUUCACCAUCAACUUCAACUGGCGCUUCGGGAUCAACUCGAAGUAACGCGCAACGCGUGUACAAAACAUACAGUUCCAGAUAAUUUUGCUGUACAGAAACUUAAAUGAAUUUUAUCUGUGCCACUACAAAAAA